GGGACGCCAGGAAGAAACAACUGAGUACAUCUCGAUGAAUGGAAGUGACCAGAAAACUUCUGCUCUUUAAUCUGUAAUACUCAUAAAUUAGACCUUUUGUCCGUCGCAGCACCAUAGACCAUUAUAGACGAUCCAGUAUUUUGGUAGAAGCAGAGCCUUCAGUCCGCCUCCAACUGUGUUUAUGUCGUAAAGAUCCCGUGGAAUCAUGUCAGUAUCAGUGAUCAUAAAAUGGGGAGGCCAGGAGUACUCCAUCAGCUCUCUGUCUGAGGAGGACACGGUCAUGGACUUGAAACAAUCCAUCAAAUCUCUGACCGGAGUGCUGCCCGAGAGACAAAAACUACUGGGACUAAAGGUCAAAGGUAAACCAGCUGAAGAUGAGGUGAAGUUGGGUUCUCUUAAACUGAAGCCAAACACAAAGAUUAUGAUGAUGGGCACCAGAGAGGAAAGCUUGGAAGACGUCCUCGCCCCUCCUCCUGAAAAUGAUGAUGUUGUUAAUGAUUUUGACAUUGAAGAGGAAGUGAUAGAAGUGGAGAACAGGGAAGAGAACCUGGCAAAAAUAGCACGCAGAGUAAAAGAUUAUAAAGUGGAGGAGAUUAACCCGCCCAGAGAAGGAAAGAAGCUACUAGUGCUUGAUGUGGACUACACUUUGUUUGACCACAAGUCAUGCGCAGAAACAGGUCAGGAGCUUAUGAGGCCGUAUCUCCAUGAGUUUUUAACAUCUGCCUAUGAGGACUAUGACAUUGUGAUCUGGUCUGCUACAAGUAUGAAGUGGAUUGAAGCCAAAAUGAAAGAACUGGGAGUGACAGACAACCCAAACUACAAGAUCACCUUCAUGUUGGACAGUGCUGCCAUGAUCACAGUACACACGCCCAAGAGGGGAGUGGUGGAGGUAAAACCGUUAGGCGUCAUAUGGGGGAAGUAUGAGGAGUUUUACCAUAGGAAGAACACUAUUAUGUUUGACGACAUUGGACGCAACUUCCUCAUGAACCCUCAAAAUGGACUAAAGAUCCGACCUUUCAUGAAGGCCCAUCUGAAUCGAGAAAAGGACAGAGAGCUUUACAAACUGGCCCAGUAUCUCAAAGAAAUUGCCAAACUGGAGGACUUCACUGGACUGAACCACAAACACUGGGAGAGAUACCUCUCAAAGAGGCAACACCACUGAAAGUGAGACUCGUAUCCUGUAAGCUGCUUCUCAAAAAGACAAACUUGAUGACGAGUCCUCUUUUUCAAACUACACCUAUGAUUUCUCCUGCUCAGGACUCCAUGGGCUUCCAUCCUAGUAUACUUUUGCAUGUGCCCUCUCCUCGGAAGUUCAAAACCUACCAGAACCGCAAAUGACAUGACAUGAACCAAGUGCAUUUUAAUGCACCUUAUUAAAACAGUAUUUUCUAAGCUUGUCAAACUAGUUACCUAAAAAUAUUGCAAAUCUUCAUAUCUACAGAAUGCAUCUUAUAGCCAUUCUAUUUUAUUUUGUCUUUCUGGUAAUGCAGUGCAUUCAGUUUUAGAAAAAUUAUUGUAAGGUGUUUUGUUUUAUUUUUUUUGCUUUUUAUCAAUACUUCUUUAUUCAUCCCAUAUUUUGGGGGACUCUUCUGCUGCUAUUACCCUAUUAAUUAAAACUCAAAUGCCAAGUGGCUUGCUUAUUUUUGGAAGAAAAAAAACAUUUGAUAAAUUUGGCAUUGAAGGAAUAUGUUAAAAAAUGAAAGCACAUUUCCCCUUUGUUUGAAAUAUUUCUGCACUUAUACAUGAAGACUAGCACUAAUUUUAGGUCAUGGGUUGUGGAUUGUAAGUGUUAUGUAAAGUACAUAUUUUGGGAUUUCAUUUAUUUUCAUACAUUGUUUACAGGGCUCUGAGCAUUGGGAUGUUCAUUUGAUGUAAAAAUGUGUUUGUGUUACCCUAACUACAUCUUAUACAUGUAAAUAUGACAAGUAAACCUUUUUUGUAGCAA